AUGGUUGAUGUUGAUGGUGUUUUGAAUGUGAAGAAAUCUGAAAAGGGUGAUGUCAUCUUGCAUCCACAGCCAACUUCAAACGUCAACGAUCCAUUGACAUGGUCCAAGAAGAAGAAAUACUUGCAGUUUGCGCUCAUUUGGUUCUGGGGGUUCAUGUUGGCAGUCAGCACGAAUUUCCUGGGUCCUUUGUUCAUCACUUGGAUAGAGGAUUGGAACACUACUUGGGAGCAGAUGGGUGUGGCAGUGGCAAUGUGUUUUGUGUUUCUCGGAGUCGGUGUUGCAAUCGUUCAACCCACGGCCAUGAAAGUCGGAAAGCAAUUUUGUUACAACAUGGGCACGAUUUUGGCUAUCAUCUCGUGCAUAUUUGGUGCGUUUUCCAAGAAUAUCGACUACUUUAUUGCAUUUAAUAGUUUAACUGGGUUUGCCGCCGCACCAGUUGACUCGCUUGUCGAAGCGAGUUCCACCGACUUGUUCUUCCAACACGAAAGAUCCACGGCGUUCAGUUUGGUGGUGUUGGCCUUGUACGCUGGUAGCUUUUUGGGACCAGUUGCUGCCGGUUACAUCACUGACAACUUGCACUGGAAGUGGUGUUUUUACAUCCAGAUCAUAAUCUAUGUUCCAUUGUUGAUUGUCCAAAUCUUCUGGAUGGAGGACACCAUGUUCAGAAGGGACGAACACGCUGAAGAGGUCUUGGAAGAAGGUAUUCUUUCGCAAAUACAGUCAAUCAAAAGUGGCUCUCAUGUAGUCUCCCAAGACAAGGAGUUGGCUGAAGUUGAUGUCGAACAAGUCGCAGGGUCAAACACUUCAUUCGGAUCCACCGCAAAACCAUACACAUGGGCUGAAAAGAGAAACUGGAUCCACACAGAUCAAAAUGACACCAGGUCCUGGCUUUGCAUCUUUAUAAGACCCAUUUUUUUGAUUUCUUUCCCGGCAGUCGUAUGGGCUGGUAUCAUAUACGGUUUCCAGAUGUGCUGGUUGUCGCUCUUGCUCAACACUCAGUCCAUCAUCUACGAGAGCGAACCAUACUUCUUUAGUGUCGAGAGCGUGGGGCUUACAAACGUGGCGGUUUUCGUGGGCAAUGUUAUCGGAAUGUUCUACGGAGGUCAGUUUGUCGAUUGGUUCACUGUGAAAAUGGCUAGACGCAACAAUGGUAUCAUGGAACCCGAGUUUAGAUUGCACACAAUGGUGGUUCCUACGCUUAUCAAUGCUGCUGGUAUCUUGGCCUACGGUUUGGGAUCGUACUACAAGAAACAUUGGGCCAUCUCUGUUUUUAUCGGCCAAGCGUUCAUGGGUUUCGCCAUGAGUUCCUCAGGUGCAGUGUGCUUAGUCUACGCCGUUGAAUGCUACGAGAAGCUCACAAACGAAACCCUUGUCCUCAUUUUAUUCAUGAGAAACAUGAUUGGUAUGAUCUUUAACUUUACUAUUGCAUCAUGGCUCACUAAUCAAGGAUUAUUUGGCUCCACUUGGGUCAUGUUUGGUCUCGCGUUGGCCAUCAACGGAAGCUACCUCCUUUUCACCCAAUGGGGUAAAGACAUGAGAAGAUGGACGAGAGAAAGAUACGAAAAGAUCAGCGACCCUCUUUACGGAGAGUUUUUCAAGAGCAAGUGA